CUCACUGAUGCUCAUCAGACGGAAACUGAUCAGAUAACCUGCAGGAUCAAACACAUUUACUCAUCAGACUCCUGCGAAGUUUUUAAGGCAUGAAAAACAGGGAUAGAAACAGGCAGCUUUUAAAACAAGGUGGAAGAACUAAAGACAAACAAAAAACUAACAAAAUAGGUUAGUUUCAAAUUUACAUUUUUAUUUCGUUUGGUAGAUUGGAACAAGGGAUGCCUCACUUUAAAAUGAGAUUUGCGGGGUGUGUUGUUUGCGUGGAUCUCCGGUGACGGCCCCUGCGUGGCACAGAUGAGGACGCACACUCUGAGUCCGGCGGAUCCGACUCAGUAACGCUCAGCCGAGCCACAAGAUGCGCACCUCGAGCUGGGAGGAGCUUCGGGAUUUUCCCCACUUGUUUCUUGCCAUUCUCAAGUGAAGAGUCGUAUUUCAAUCGAGCCGUAUUGUAGAAGCAGUAAAAUGAGUCCACCAGACACGUCCAACAGCUCCGGAGAGGGAGCGGCCGGUGAAGGCGAUUUUCAGCUGAACGAUAGCAUGGGUUUACACCAACCUGGUUUCCACACCGACAUCACCAAACAUCUAGGAGUUCAGAUCACUCUGAUCACGGCUUACUCCUUGAUCAUCCUCCUGGGACUUCUGGGUAAUUCGCUUGUCAUUUACAUGAUCAUUCGCUACAGGAACAUGCGCACCGUUACCAACUUCUUCAUAGCCAAUCUUGCCCUGGCAGACCUUCUGGUGAACACUCUCUGCCUGCCCUUCACUCUGGUGUACACUCUGCUGGACGAGUGGAAGUUCGGGGCGGUGCUGUGCCACAUGGUGCCCUUUGCUCAGGCCCUGAGUGUGCACGUGUCCAUCCUGACCCUCACCGUCAUCGCUCUGGAGCGUUACCGCUGCAUCGUCUUCCACCUGGGCCGCCGUCUAACCUGGCACUCCAGCCUCCUCAUCAUGGCCUUUACCUGGACCGUGUCUGCCAUUCUGUCCGCACCGCUUGCCAUCUUUAGAGAGUACCGCCACGAGGAGAUCCCCUCCAUCAACCUGCGCAUCGCCGUCUGCUCUGAGAAGUGGCCCCAUGGGACCAGCAGGGAUGGCGUCAUCUACAGCCUCUUCAUGCUCCUUCUGCAGUACAUCAUCCCUUUAACUGUCAUCAGCUACGCUUACAUCUGCAUCUGGGUCAAACUGAAGAACCACAUCAGUCCAUCCAGCCGCAAUGACAACAUCAACCGGCGCAAAAAGACCACAAAGAUGUUGGCGCUGGUCGUGGUGGUCUUUGCCAUCUGCUGGCUGCCUUUUCACGUGUUCCAGCUGGCCAGCGAUCUGGACCUGGUGCUCCGGUUCGAGGAGUAUAAACUCAUUUACACCGUGUUCCACGUCGUGGCCAUGUGCUCGACUUUUGCCAACCCGCUCCUGUACGGGUGGAUGAACAAAAACUACAGGAACGGAUUCCUCAUGGUGUUCCGUUGCGAGGACAAACCGGAAUCCUUCCAUCCAGAGGGGUCGUUCAGGACGCGCUCCGUGAGAGGGCCGGCUUUAAACAGUCGUAACGGAGGGCCCCCUCCCACCGCUGUAUGAGAGGCCUAGAGCUCAAUCAUAGGAGGCACUAAGAGAAAACCAUUCAAUCACAGCUUUCUGAAUUCAACUGUGGAGUGGGACCAAAAGCUUUGCAUGCAGGAUUCUUUGUUCCAUAUGAAAUACAUUUAUUACAUGAAA